AUGAGCAAUAGUGAUAAUCAAAGUGAAGUUGUUAAAUUGCAACAACAUCUUGUUCUACUUCGUGAAGAAUAUGUUAAACUUCAACAACGUCAUAAAACAUUAGAACGAAAUUUUAAUGUUCUAAAUUCAACAACAAAACUUGAUCAGAAUUCUUUUGUUUGUCGUUUACUUAAAAUUGUCGCUGAUUUAUUUAAUCGAGAACUUUAUAGUGAUAUUACAAUUAAACUUGAUGGUGAGACUUUAUAUGGUCAUCGAUUUAUUUUAGCAGCACGUAGUCUUAAAUGGGAACCACAAGAAUUAGGUGAUGCACCUGAUCUUAAUUUAUCUGAUAUUCCAUAUGAUGUUGGUUUUCAAUUGAUUAAAUGGGUUUAUUCAGAUGAAAUAGCUGAAAAACAAAAUGAAGAUUUUCUAUUAAGUUUAAUGACAACAGCUAAACGUUUUGAAUUAAAAGAAUUAAUUGAUCAAUGUGAAGUAGCAUUAGUAUCAGUUAUAACAGUUCGAAAUUGUUUAAAAUUUUAUAAAGUUGCAGAAGAAAUUGGUGCACAAGUUUUACAAACACAUUGCAGUCAAUUAAUUAGUACACAUUGGAAUGAUUUUACAAGUGAGGAUUUUCAACAUUUACCUGCUCCAAUGACAUAUAAAUUAUUUAAACAAAAAACAAAAUAUUCACUUCAUCAAGCUAUACGCAUGAAACGUGAAGACGUACUAUUUCUUUACUUAAUUGACAAUGAUGCAGACUUAGAUGUACGUGUUAAUGAACUUGACGAUCAUGGUGAAUUAGCACUUGAAUUAGCAUUAAAAACAAAACAAGAUAGUAUGGCAGAAAAUCUUGUACAACAUAAAGCAGAUAUUAAUCAUAUUGAUGCGGAAAAUCGAACAUUACUUCAUUUAGCUAUUAAACGAGGUGAUGAACAUUCAGCAACAUUUCUUAUAAAACAUUCAUGUAAACUUGAUCAUCAAACAAAUGUUGCACGUGAAACACCAUUACAUCUAUUAAGUGGUCUUAAUCCAGCUGAAUUAUUAUCAGAUGUUAUGGUUGGCAUGUGUCGUGUAGCACAACUUAUGCUUGAAUAUGGUGCUGAUACACAGAAGAAAGAUACUCAAGGAAAUAAUUGUCUUCAUAGAGCAAUACUUGCUGAUAAUAUUCAUGUUUUUCGAGAAUUAUUAAAAGCACCAAAAUUAUCUUUAGAUGAUAGAAAUAAAGAUGAUCAUGUACCUCUCUGGCUGGCACUUCAACAAGCUGAACAAAUGCAUUCAGAUUUUAAUCAAGAAUCAUUUGCAAGUUUACUUGUUACUCGUGGUGCUAGUGUUAAUGCAAUUGAUCCAUCAUCGACAGCAAAUGAAUCCCUCUUACAUAAAUGUGCUCGUCAUCAUUAUCAACAAGCUGGUCUUUAUCUAAUAAAAAAAGGUGCUAAUAUCAAUCAUGUUAAUAAUCAAGGUGAAACAGCUUUACAUUUAACAUCACAAUUUGGUUUAGAACAAUUUACAAAUGCUUUACUUGAAAAUAAAGCAAAUCCAAAUAUUCAAACACGUAAAUCAUCAGCAUUCAAUAAUAAUAAUAAUGAACAAAAUUCUACUGUUGGCCUUCAAACAUCAAUUCAUCGUGCUGUUUAUGCAUCACAAGAACAUAUACUUGCAAUUUUUAUUCAAUUUCGUGAUAAAAUAUCGGAUGAAAUUUUAAAACCAAAUUUUAAUAUUCAAGAUGAAAAUGGUCAAAGUGGUUUUUCAUUAACACUUUGGAUGAAUAUGUUAACAAUAUCGAAACAAUUAUUACAAAUUCGUCAUGCACAAUUAGAUAUAAAAGAUUCUGAACAAACACCAUUAUUAGCACAAGCAAUUAGUAAACAAAAUAUGCCAGCAGCUUUAUUUUUACUUGAACAAGGUGUAGAUGUUAAUGAAAAAACACAUGGUCUAACACCAAUACAACUUGCUGUUAAACAUCAUUUACCAGCUGUUGUUGAAGCACUUUGUCGUAAUGGUGCAAAUAUAAAUGUCAUGGAUGAAAAUGGAAAUAGUGUCUUAUGGAAUGCAUUAGAUUCAGGUCAAGAAGAUAUUGCUGCAAUACUGGUGAAAUUUUCUUGUGAUAGUACACAAUGGUCAGAUGGACCAGAUAAUUGUCGACAAACACUCUUACAUCGAGCUAUUGAUGAAAAUAAUGAAAGUGUUGCUUGUUUUCUUAUUAAAAGUGGUUGUGACAUUAAUUCUCCUCGUCAACCUGGUGUUAAUGGUGAAACACCUGAGAUAUGUAAAACUCUUGAAAGUCCUUUACAUCUUGCUUCUCAAUGGGGUCUCGAUCGAGUUGUGUCAGCAUUAAUUGAAAAUCAUGCGGAUAUAAAUAAAAAAGAUGCAGAAGCUAAUACUCCACUUCAUGUUGCUAUUAUUAAUCAACAUACAACUAUAAUAAAUUUAUUAAUUGGUGCACCGAAUUUAGAUUUAUCAAUACGUAAUAAACAGAAUCAAACGCCAUUUGCUUGUUCAAUGGCAGCAAAAAAUAAUGAAGCUGCAAAUCUUAUAUUAAAUCGUGAACCACGAGCAGCUGAACAACUUGAUAAUAAAGGUCGGAAUUUUCUUCAUAUAGCCGUGCAAAAUGGUGAUAUUGAAAGUGUUCUAUUUCUUCUUACGGUUCGUGUUAAUGUUAAUAAUCGUAUACAAGAUGCUAGUCAAUUUACACCACUUCAUUUAAGUGUACAAACAGGAAGUGAAAUUAUUCUUCGAAAUUUAAUACUUGCAGGUGCUAGUAUUAAUGAUGUUACAGCUAAUCGUCGAUCAGCUUUACAUAUCGCAGCAGAAAAUAAUCGCGCUGUUAUCUGUGGUAUUCUUCUAGAAAAUCAUAUUCAAGCUAAUUUAGUUGAUGCAAACCAAAAUACUGCACUUCAUUUAGCAAUACAGAAUGGUCACAUAGAUGUAGUCCGCUGUUUAUUAGCAGAAUCAGAUGUUGAUGUAUUAACAUUGAAUGCUAAGGGAAUGAAUUGUCUACAUGUUUUAGCUGCAUUUUGUAAAAAUAAUACACAAGCUAUUUUUGAAAUUUUAUUAAAACAUCAUUCAACAUUUCCACUUGAUAUUCAAGAUAGUCAAGGGAAUACAGCUCUUAUAUUGGCUUAUAAAAAUGGUCAAGGUCAAUUAUGUCGUGCACUUGUAACAGCAGGUGCUAAUUUAAGUAUUUGUAAUAAUGAUUCAUUAUCGAUAUUUACUAUACCUGCAGCAAGUCGAGCUUUACUUGUUAAUAUUCUUGAUAUAAUUACACGUGAACCACCAUGGGGUGAAGGUGAAACUUGUUUAGAAUGUGGAAUGAAAUUUACAAUCACAAAUCGAAGACAUCAUUGUCGACAUUGUGGUCGAGUUUUAUGUAAACGAUGUUCUGUGAAUGAAUUACCAAUAAUGAAAUUUAAUUUACAAAAACCUAUACUAAUGAAUCGUCAUCGUUUUUCAACAGAAGAAAUAUCAAUUUUUCGUCGUUCAUUAUUAGCAUGGUACGAUAUUCAUAAACGAAAAUUACCAUGGCGAGAUUGGCAUGAUAUUGAUACAAAUAUUGUUGCUUAUCGAGUACUUGUUUCGGAAUUAAUGCUUCAACAAACUCAAGUAGCAACUGUAAUUCGAUACUAUGAAACAUGGAUGAAACAAUGGCCAAAUAUUAAAUCAUUAGCUGAAGCUUCUGAAGAUGAUAUUCUUAAGUGUUGGGCGGGUAUUAUAAUUGAUAGUAUUUUUUAUUGGUCUUAUUUUUUUCAUUUAGGUCUUGGUUAUUACAAUCGAGCACGAAAUUUAUAUAAAUGUGCUCAAUUGAUUAUUAAUGAAUAUAAUGGUGAAUUUCCAAAUGAAUUAGAAACAAUGAUCAAUCGAUUACCUGGUGUAGGUCGAUAUACAGCUGGUGCUGUUAGUUCUAUAGCAUUUAAUCAGGCAAAUCCAAUUCUUGAUGGUAAUGUCAUUCGUGUUUUAUCUCGAAUGCGAUGUAUUGGUAGUGAUUUAAAGAAAAAAUCUACAACUGAUUUUCUAUGGUCUUUAGCAACUGAUGUCGUAUGUCCAGAAAGACCAGGUGAUUUUAAUCAAAGUCUUAUGGAAUUAGGUGCAACAGUUUGCACACCACAAAAACCUAAAUGUAAUGAAUGUCCGGUUCAAAAUCAAUGCUUAGCAUAUCAACAACAAAAAGAAAUCGAAUCUAUUCUUGAUAUUGAACAAUGUUCGGCAAAUUGUUCAUUUUGUUUAAAAUCAAGUGAUGUUGAUACGAAUCGUUCGCUUGUUGAACAUUAUCCACGAAAAAAAAGUAAAACGAAACAACGAGAAGAAACAUCAUUUAUUCUUAUUAUUUAUCGUUUAACACCAAAACUUGAAUUCUUAAUGAUCAAACAAAAACAAUCAAAUCUUCUAUCUGGUCUUUGGUCAUUCUUAGAAAUAAGUUCUUCCAAAAAUCAUCUGGAUCAAAUGAAUGAACAAAAACGAAAAACCUAUAUUAUCGAAGAAAUUCAACAAAUGCCAACAAUAGAUACAAUACCUAGUAUUAAUAAUAUUAAAUUAGCGGGACAAUGUCGUCAUCUUUUUUCUCAUAUUGAUAAGCAAUAUAUUAUCUAUUAUACACAUUGUGAACAAAAUGAUGUAUUAAUACCUUCAACAUCAAUGCAAUGGUUUAAUGAAGAACAAGUUCAAACAUCAGCUAUAUCAACAGCUAUGAAAAAAGUAUUUAAUGUUGCUUUACCUCAAAUUAAAUUAAAAACAUCAAAUGGAAAAAAAAAUGGAACUAUCGACAAUUAUUUUAAGAAAAAAAACUCCAAAGUAUAA